AUGCCUCAAGAAGAAACUUUCCUUUUUACUUCAGAGUCAGUAGGCGAAGGUCAUCCCGACAAAAUUGCCGAUCAAGUUUCUGAUGCUAUUUUGGACGCAUGUCUCAAAGUGGAUCCCUAUUCCAAAGUUGCGUGCGAGACCGCCACUAAGACUGGCUUAAUUUUCGUGUUCGGCGAAAUCACCACUUCAGCCAGUUUAGACUAUCAGAAAAUUGUCCGUGAUACUAUUCGGCGUAUAGGUUACGAUGAUUCCUCAAAAGGAUUUGAUUAUAAAACUUGUAAUGUCCUUGUCGGUAUUGAACAACAGUCACCUGAUAUCGCUCAAGGCCUUACACAAAAAAGUAAUCAACUCGAAGAUAUCGGUGCUGGUGAUCAAGGUAUCAUGUUUGGCUAUGCAACUGACGAAACUCCAGAAUAUAUGCCACUCACUCUUGCGCUUGCUCAUAAGCUUAAUAAGAAAAUGGCUGAUCUUCGUAGGGACGGCACUCUUUCCUGGCUCCGUCCAGAUUCUAAAACUCAAGUAACCGUGCGUUAUAAAAAUGAUAAUGGUGCUUUGGUUCCUCUCGAAGUUGAUACUAUCGUCAUCUCUGUUCAACAUUCCCCUGAAAUUACAACUGAAAAGCUUAGACAAAUGAUAAAAGAAUAUGUUAUUGAUACCGUUAUACCUUCUAAAUUCCUAACAGAGAAAACUAUCUAUCACAUACAGCCUUCUGGGUUAUUCAUUAUUGGUGGUCCUCAAGGUGAUGCCGGAUUGACUGGUCGUAAAAUUAUUGUUGAUACUUAUGGUGGUCACGGUGCACAUGGUGGUGGUGCCUUUUCUGGAAAGGAUUGGUCCAAAGUUGAUCGUUCCGCCGCUUAUACUGUCAAAAUUACCCCAAUCCAAAGCUUUAUGAGUUUUGCCGACAAGUAUACUGUUAACAACGUUGAUAUUAAUGGGGUUGACUCUCGUUGGAUCGCAAAAUCCCUCGUCCAUGCUAAACUUGCGCGCCGCGCCCUUGUUCAACUUUCUUAUGCUAUUGGAGUACCUGAGCCUCUUUCUAUUUUUGUCGACACUUAUGGUACAUCAAAAAAGACUAACUCUGAAUUGCUGAAGAUUAUCAAUGAAACCUUCGAUUUGAGACCUGGUGUUAUUGUACAACAACUUGGACUUCAUAAGCCGGAUGGUUGGUGUUACGAACAGACUGCUUCAUACGGUCAUUUUGGUCGUGAGGAGUUUCCUUGGGAAAAAGUCAAAGAACUUAAGGGAGUAUAA